AUGGCGACAGUCUGCUAUCUCAUCGGCCAGCCUGUUGCAUCUUUCCUCGUCAUCAAGCCGAAGUCGAGUUGCUCGAGGUUCUACCUACACCGCCGCGUGAACUCCGCACAGAAGGCACCAUCUCAGGCCAUGAGCGGGAAUAAUGAAUCCGCGGCAGGCAAGGAACAUGAAGAACACGCUUUAGGCAAAAUGGCAUCAAUACACCAAGUGCCCAGCCAUAUAUCUGCAGAUAGCAGGUCAGUGAACGAGAGGGGCAACAGCGACGCCUCCUCUACCAGGAACGGAGACAUCGAGAAGGAUGCUGGCUCGAGCUUGACAAAGGCCGAGGAGAACCCAGAAGAGGAACCCGAGAGGGAUCCAAAUAUUGUCGAUUUCGAUGGACCUGAUGACCCGGAAGAUCCUAUGAACUGGAGCAACACGAAGAAAUGGGGCACGGUACUCCUGGUCUCUGCCAUCACCUUCCUGACGCCACUUGCGAGUUCGAAUUUUGCUCCAGGUGUGCCAGAGAUUAUGGCAGAGUUCCAUUCAACAAGCCGAUUGCUCGCCAGUUUCAUGGUGUCCGUCUUUGUCCUUGGAUUCGCUGUCGGACCGUUGCUUAUUGCGCCACUCUCAGAGAUGUAUGGACGGUUACCGAUGUACCACGCUUGUAACCUUUUGUUCGUCAUCUUCACCGUCGCAGCGGCCGUGUCGAAUAGCAUGGCCCAAUUCAUCAUUUUUCGGUUUCUCAUGGGCUGUUGGGGAGGUGGUCCCAUGGUUCUUGGUGGAGGCACGAUUGCGGAUCUUAUACCACAUAGACACCGAGGAACUGCAAUGGGUAUUUGGAUGAUGGGAGUUACGAUUGGACCCUGCGUUGGACCCAUUAUUGGAGGCUAUCUCGGCGAGGCAAGAGGCUGGCGCUGGAAUUUUUGGUUCGUUGCUAUCGUCGCUGGCGCGUUCUUCGUCAUUUCUCUGAUCAUGAUGAAAGAGACCUCACCGGUUAUCAUCCUGGAACGUAAAACCAAGCGCCUACGCGCUGAGACGGGUAACGACAAGCUACGGUCCAAACUUGCCAGCGACAUGUCGACCGCGCGGUUAUUGAAACACUCCCUGAUUCGUCCUGCCAAGAUGCUCUUCCGCUCAACCAUUUGCUUCGCACUCUCGCUCUACGUUGCCAUCACAUAUGCGUACCUUUACAUUCUGUUCACAACCUUCUCGGUUGUUUACAGCGAGGUGUACGGUUGGAAUGGUGGUAAUGCGGGCCUCGCAUUCGUGGGCAUAGGAGUCGGCUCCAUCAUCGGGCAAAUCACAUACGUUCGCCUCGGCAACUACCUCGUCAACAAACACAUUAAACGAGGGGACUUUAAACCAGAGCAUCGGCUCUACAUCAUGACCAUGGGCGGAAUCUGGCUUCCCCUCGGCCUAUUCAUGUAUGGCUGGGGUACACAUUACGGGGUGCACUAUAUCGUUCCCCAGAUCGCGACAGCGUUUGUCGGCUUUGGCCUGUUGCUCAUCUUCAUGCCGGCGUCUACCUAUCUGGUCGAUGUAUACACCGUGCAUGCUGCAAGUGCGAUGACGGCCAUGACGGUGCUUCGAUCACUCAUGGCGGCCUUUGUUCCACUGAGCAGUCGCGCCAUGUAUGAUGCGAUGGGGUACGGUUGGGGGAAUUCGUUGUUGGGCUUUGUAUCGCUGGCGCUCGUCCCGAUACCCUUUCUUUUCAUCAAGUAUGGUGAGGGAAUACGGGCAAGGAGCACAGUGAAGCUGUGA